ACCCAGAAAGAAGCUCGCACGGAGCAUUUGAUGUGAGUUUCCACUAUCAAGUACAUGCCAGGCAACCAUAUAGUAGGUGCUUUUCCUCACUUCAUUAUUGAAAGUUGAAGCCAGCUCAACGAUUCAUGAAGCACGUUGCGAGAUUGAGCAAACAUCACAUUGUCCCAACAAAGCUCGGCUUCAAAGAGCUGGGGAAAUGUUGUCGAUUCUGCGAAAAGCUCGGCUCAAGGACAAGGAGAUGAGAAUUCUCAUGCUAGGGCUUGACAAUGCCGGUAAAACAACAAUCGUUAAGAAGAUCAUGAACGAGGAUGUCAAUACCGUCAGUCCCACACUGGGAUUCAUAAUCAAGACGAUCGACUACGAAGGCUACAAGCUCAACAUAUGGGAUGUGGGCGGACAGAAGACUCUACGUUCGUACUGGAGGAACUACUUCGAAAAGACAGACGCCCUGAUUUGGGUGGUGGACGCGACGGAUCGACUGCGAAUCGACGACUGCAGGGACGAACUCCAUGGUCUUCUUCAAGAAGAGCGGCUUUCGGGUGCAAGCCUUCUGGUCUUCGCAAACAAGACCGACGUGCAAGGAUGCAUGGAUGAAGCCGAGAUACUCCAAGGCCUGAAGCUGAAGGCGAUCCGAACUCACCAGUGGAAUGUGUUGCGAUGCAGUGCCAUAACGGGAGAAAACUUGAAUCAAGGCCUCUCGUGGGUAGUGGAGGACGCGAAGGCACGGCUAUUCCUAUACUGAAUUGAGGUGGAUGAAUGCAGGGGAACAACAAAAUGUGGGGGUUCAGCCAAUGGCGGCUUUCCUCCACAAAGCCCAUGUUUCGGCAUCAUAAUGCGAGCCUGCUGAUGACGCAUUGUCAAGCCUUGAUUUUGCAGUGACAGGACUUCCGAAUAAAGAGGAGUUCGUCCCUGCUUGUUUCAACAGUUCUGCUGAAGGCGACUUGGGUGAAUAAAUACAUGCCACGAGAGGAAAUCAAGAACUGAAGGCUUCUCAAGCACUCCAAAAUUGCUUCCUAGACUCAGCGCUGGUUUGUCUUGACAAUGCAAAGAACAGUCCAUAGAAUACGACUGAAUAAACCAUCGUGUUAUUGAUUGCAGG